AUGACGGCAAAGUCAAAGACUUCAACGAGAAAGACGACUACAUCGCCCACGACGAUAACACUACGCGUGAAUGAGGCAGAUCUAGAAGCCUACCGGGGAAGAAGCCGAACAAUAAGGAAAAACUUAAGGCUACUUCAACUUGUUGUAGGACCAGCAUGAACAUUCCAUGUAAAAACUGCAGAUGCACGACCUGACCCUUGUUUGAUGACAGCGACUACUUACAAGAAUGACCUGCUUGGCAAUUAGCAGCGAAUUGAAAAUAUUGUCUCACAGUCCAGGGCUGUUGGACGACACGCGGCGCCUAGAAUAGACGGAUCCUACUUAGCUUGGCCAUUACUAUAAUUCUAUACUACUUAUAUACUUUUUACCUAUCCUUACUUUUUCUUCCUAGUUAGCUUGGCUCCACCCGUAAUAUUGUCUCACAGCAGUCAUUUUCGAUCCUCCUCAUUUUCUAACCUCUGUGAACACCUUCCGAAGCAAGUUGCUGCCUGGUUCGAAGGUAACAACUGCGCGCGGCGAGAAUGGUGGGAGAGUGCGAUCCUGUAGUCGCCGUGUCACGUGUGCGGCAGUCAUGGUCGUACCUGCAGCGUUACCGUUAGAGCAGAAGCGAAGGAACACAGAUAAGACAAUCAACAUCGUGCAGGAUGACACGCACCAGGGAGUACAAGAGCCGUCUGGCAAGGUCAGUAAAACAUCUGUUUCUGUUCGCCGAGUUCGAUCCCACCUCCGCGGCUCGGCCAGAGCAUACUUCUUAAGGCUAAUACCAUAUCACUAUCCACUAUCCGUGUGGUCUGACUAUUAUAUGCUGAGCGGCGUCCAGUUUGAAUUUUGUCGAAGGGAUGUUCAUCUUAAGGGAAGAAGGAAAGGGAAGCCGCUCAUCGUAAGCGCGGAUGGUGUUAGUGAAAGACUACCUCUAACAUACGAGAAGUCUGUCGAGCAAGGAGCUGAAUCAUCUUUCUUAGACGUGAGUCUGACCACGAAGUGUCCUUCGUGUGGGACGCAGCAGGUGGAUCGCGCGCCAUCUGGGAAGGAUGAGAAAAAACGAGAGGAGGGCGCACCUACUGAAAGCCACACGGCCGAUGCUGAGCAAAUGGCCGUAACAAGGGUACCCGAGACCAAGACUGAAGAAGCUUCGAGCGAUGUCGGUCAGGGACAAGCGCCCGAGGCAUCUGCUGCGCCAGGACCUGCGAAACAAGGGCUCGAGGCGUCUACUGCAUCAGGACCUGCGGCACCAGGGCUCGGGGCAUCUGCUGCUUCAUCAACUGCACUUAAAGCGCCCGGGUCACAGAACAGUGGACCGGCCACAGAAACAACACAGGCUGGGAAAAGCGGCGAUCUUCAAUCUGGAAGCGCCGAUCAGUCGUCCUCCACCAUGCAGCUCAAUCAUGGUGGACCAUCAGUCUGCACGCAAGAGCUCAAGGACAGCGUCUUUUCUUCCAAGGAAGAACAUGGAAAAUGUCAAGAUCUUGAAGAUGCUCUUCAGGAUCUACAACACCGUGUUCCACCAGCAAGCGAAGAGGCCGUAAUCGUAAGCGCGGAGAGCAUCAAGAAUGGUUUCAACGGCUGGCGUGAACAGCUAUCUGCAGGGGAGUUGCGCACGCGGGUCGCGCAGACUUUCCCACGUGUGUGGAAAUAUUUCACGCGGCCAGAUUUGUUUUCGGCGCAGCAUUUCGGGAAGCCCGAUGCGGUGCGGAGAGCGUUGACUGAGGCAGUUUUUGAUACCCUGUGGGAGUCAGUUGCGACUAAAAGCGUGAAGCUGUAUACGAAAGAACAUCCAGAAUGCGCCGUUGAGUUGGUAAGAGCGCACCUGCUCUUCGGUUCACAGCUGGUAUCUGGAUGUUUCGAAGCGCACCCGAAAGCAUACUGGUUCGUGAAUCGGUCGCGAGAUUUUUUGGGGACAAUAGCGCAGGCGCUCAACGAGGAAAGUGCUGAGCACGUCAACGUGGCAAGGCAGAAGAUGCUCCAACUGCUGAAGCGAGCUCCCACUGAAGGAGAGAACAGCCUCGACAAGAUAGUCAAAGACGCUCGCGGAGUCCUCCAGUCGCGAAUUCUCAGGGACGACAACGCGAAGGCACAAGCAAAGCGCGACGCGGAGGAGAAGAAAAUACUCCAAGCGGCAGAAGUCGAAUGGAAGCAGCUGCAGUAUAAAUCAGUCUGGACGGGCCCCCGAAGUGACAACGAGCUGAAGAAGCUCCUCCGCAGUGAAGACCCACUUCUGCUCUUUCAGGCCGACCGCGAGUCGAUACUGAAGAUUUUCAAGGGCGAAGAGCCCAUCGUCAAUUUUUCGAUGCACCUGCUACCCAGCGUACUCCGUUACAAUCCGUUACGAGGAGGCUUGAAGCCGGGCAUCCUCAUCGACGCUGGACAAUGCUCCGUGCUGGCAGUAGCCUCAUACGACACAGGUUCGAACUAUUUGGAUCCAGGUCAAUCCGCUAAGCGACGCUAUAGUCACGUGAGGGAGCAAUACACAGAGUGGCAAAAUGCAGCCUACAAGAGCCUGCACGACCCGCAGGAAAUUACAUGCCGUCCGGCAUUUUUCGGCACUCCAAGGGUGAUCACCGUACCAGCAGAUCAGAAAGUCGCCGAUCAUAACUGGAAUAGCUUUAUAAGCGAGCCGAAGAACGCAGACAGGCUCUGGUGGCGGGAUACCAAUCAACGCGAAAAAGCAAAGGAAUCACGGCCGCAAGAGAGAUUCACCUUAUGACUACUAUACUAGAGAUAGCUCGUCUUUCUUCAUUCCAAUUUUUUUGAAUUUGAAUUUUUUUCCGGGGAAUUUAUUCGACUGUUAGGAUUAAUAGAUGAGAAUACCAAUCUGGUCAGUGGUCAAAACAAUCGGUCUCGUCUUCGAGUCCUAAACUCUUUUGGUUUUGAUAAUCACUGUUGCUGUAUAUUGGCGAGAUGCAUCUGGCUAGUAACAAAGAUGCACUAUGAGCAAGAGCUCUAAUCACAUUUCUGCCGAAGGAUGCCACCAAAGAAAUCGCCGUGGGGGACCUGAAGAAAAUUGCCGAGCACAUCAACUCCUGGCCGGCCUGGGAGAGGGUGGGCAAGCCGAAGGGCCAGGACGACAUAGAAUACAGCUUUGUGCAAAGCAACAACGAGGUUAUCGUGAAGGAAUGCGGUGCCAGGGCGGUUCUCGGCAUUUUCAUCGAGCAAGGCGACAGCGCGACGCAAACCGCAUUGGCAAACUGGCUGAACGAGGACAAGACAAGAAAAACGUGGAGCGUUCCCACGUGGACGUAUCAGCUGGAGGCUGUAGUUCCGAAACACUCAUAUUACGCGGACAAAGUCCUCCAGAAGAGACCGUCAGAGCUUCCAACCGCGCCGCAGAGCAGACACCAGACGAUUCAAGCAGGAGCGGGCGCUGCGGACAGAAAUGUCGUUAAGACGAGGCUGGAACUAUUUCUCUGUGUUUUCUUCUUGUAGAAGGCUGUAACUGUAUAUCUUCCGACGCCUAUCUUCUAUCUAUGAUACUAGGGUCACUGCUGUUCACAAGAGGCAAUGGAAAGCCAGCGGUCUGAUAGUACAUCAUAUUAAUGUACUCAUAAUACAAGAAUCCACAACAACCCCCAUUCUUCCUCCUUAUCCUUCAUGUUGAUGUUACCUCUUGGUACUCGCAAAAAAAUCGCAUUCGCAAUCAACAGAGCUGCAAGCGAGAGGUUUGA